ACUCCAAGCAAGCGUGAUGCGUGAUGCAAGCGUGGUUUAACUCGGCGCCCUGUAAAGUUUUAUUUGCAUGAUAUUUAUACAAUGAAAACUAAUUUCUUAAGUUUCAAACAUUGACAAAGAUAUAACGUUUAUUUAGCUCACUCGCGACUUACGAUAAGUUGUCAACCUUUUGCUGUGAAGCAUAGAAGGAAGAGGUGGCGUAAUGUCGACGGAGCGUCGCAUCAAGGAGGAGCCUGAUCUUGAGCCCGGCCAGGCUGUCAAUAGCCCAAUACUCGUGGAGCAUGAAGUGAUGGUGUAUAUAAAAAAGGAGCCCCCCGGGGCCCCCAGGUCAAACAGCGAGGGCUCAGAUGUCUCGCCAACCAGCCCGCAGAACAACCUUCAAGUCGAGGAGCUUGUGGUAGGAUCAGAAACCCUACAGCAGUCAGCGGGCGCCAGAGCAGCCAAACCGGAUGUCGACACAGUUCGCGUGAAGCAAGAGGUGAUCGAUCAGGAGGACUUAACGCAGGAGAUAUCGCCGGAUGUCGUCUUUCAGAUCAAAGUUGAGCGGAUAGACGACGCGGAAGAGAGACGGGAGCUGGAGAUUUCUGUGGAGCAAGUUGGACCGGAUACAAGCCCGGAGAAUGCCGUUGAAAUGGAUACAAGCCCUGGUGCGAUGGUCGUUCAAUCCACAGCUGGGUGCCGGCGGAGCAAGCGGACCCGGACUCAACCCGAAGUGCGUGAUGAUUCCGCUGCAAAAGUGUCUACCGAGCGACGGCAGAAAGCAAAGGAAAAUGGUGAAACCUCUACAAAGAAACGAAUAAAAAGGCAACCCGGGCCUCACCUGUGUGACGUAUGUAACAAGGAGUUCAAGAAAGCCAACAAGUUAACGAUACACAAGCGAACACACACCGGGGAGAAACCAUACACAUGCAACAUAUGCCACAAGCAGUUUUCGUAUUCCGACGGUUUUAAGGGUCACCUAAGAACCCACACCGGGGAAAAACCAUACGUGUGCCAAACGUGUAACAAAGGAUUUGGUCAGUGGAGCACGUUAAAAGACCACGAACUAAGCCACACAGGUGAGAGACCAUAUUCAUGCGAAAUAUGUAAUAAAGCGUUUGCGCGACUGAGGCACCUGAGCGAACAUCAGCUCGUCCACACUGAAAUAAAGCAAUACUCCUGCGAAUUAUGUAAAAAAGAGUUCAAAUGUAAAAGUGGUUUAAAAAAACAUGAACGGAUGCACAUAGAUGAAAAACUUUUUCCAUGUGGGAUAUGUAACAAAAACUUUGCAACGCCGAGCCAUUUAAGGGAACACGAGCGGACGCACACAAGGAAGAGAAGACGUUAUUCUAGCGAAACGAGUUAAAACAAACUAUUAUUUAUCAUUUAUACGAAUAUGGGAAAGAAACCAGCAAACAUUUAGCCCACCUGAAUAACCGCCACGCGGAGUUCCGGCCAGAUCGGACUUCGCUGCGUUACACAGAACGGAUACAUACCCUUUCUAAUUUUUCAUUAAGUUUCAUCAUUAUUUAUUAUUUAUUUAAAUUAUUUACACGGCAUCACAGCAUAGGCCAAUACACCGAAUAAUUAAACUAGUUACAGGUAUACAAAUUACAAAUACAAAAUAUAUAUAAAGUAAAAUACAGAUAGUCAUAUUAAGUCAAAUGCAAGUGCUGGAAAGCCUAUCAUCCUUCAUCUCACAAAACCUCAGACACUCCUGGCACACAUUCGCCCAUCUCCACGCAAACAAGUCGCACUCUGGUGCUGAUGUCA